CGAGCUUGAUCAAAGAUGGCUUCGCCCUGUCUGUUAUUGUGUUGUUGCUCAAUCAUAGAAUUGUGACACAUUUUUUUUAUCAUCUAGCUUGGGUUAUCCGAAUGAAAUCAAGAAUGAUCGUCGUUGAAGGUGAUUCUAUUUACCUCGUGCAUGAAAUUUCGCUUCGGAGGAUGGUGAUUAAGUUCGAGAUUUUGUUCUAAUUGGGCCUGAAAUGAUAAGGAAUCGGAAGAUCUCAGUUACUGAAUAGUGCAGCACGAUAUAAAUUAAACCCAACGAACGCUGUACAUAGUUUUUGUCUAUGGCCCAAUUCGGUUUCUAUCGUAUCAGACUAACAGGACUGACGACACAAAUAUUCCGCAAUUCUCGACUUUCGCGUGGAACGUUAAUUAAUUUGUGUUUGAAUGAAUGCCACAUUUUGCGAGGAUCCAUUAUUAGCCUAAGGUGAAACCUUCGAUAGUUUCUUUUGUGGAAGAGGUGUGUUGUGGUUUUUAGAAACAGUCCAUUUCAGACUGCAGCCGGAGGGAUGUUCUUCGUUUGAGCUGAGGAAGCAGUAAAAAAGUCUGCCUUCGUCUGUAGGGUGAUGGCUGUCUCUGUUCGAUUCUUUACAUGAUUAUCGUUCCAAAUUUAUCCCUGAUAGCCUUGUUUCUGACGUCUGAAACGAGCUAGAAUGUGCUGAUGAAUGCAACAUGUGCGGAAAGUCGAUUCCUUCGUGACAAUUUGUGUCGUUGACGCCGUAUGCAACGGCAUUUUUCAAGACUUUUUCGAAGAGUAUUAUUUUGUACCUCGUAUCUUAAGUGAAAAUACCCCGAAUUGUUUCUCUGCAAAGGGAACCCACCUACGAGGGGGAUCCUCAUAGUCGGAUAAAAAUUCCUGCUGUGUCCAAGCGUCGCAGAUAACGUUUUCGCGACCAUGGCGACGGGAUCAGGGAAUGUUCGUGACUUCAUCGUAGGAGGGAAGUAUAGGGUCGUCCGUAAAAUCGGCAGCGGCUCUUUCGGCGAAAUAUAUCUUGGCAUCAACAUCACCAAUGGAGAGGAAGUGGCUGUGAAAUUGGAGAAAAUGCCAGCGAAGCAUCCUCAGUUGCAUUAUGAAUACAAGGUUUACAAGAUCCUCCAAAGUGGCGUAGGAAUUCCCCACAUCCGGUGGUACGGCCACGAAAGCACGUUUAAUGUGCUUGUGAUGGACUUGUUGGGACCCUCUUUGGAAGACCUCUUCAACUUUUGCGCGCGUCGUUUUACCAUGAAGACGGUCCUCAUGUUAGCCGAUCAAAUGAUAGGUCGAAUUGAAUACAUACACAACAAGAACUUCAUCCACCGUGACAUUAAGCCCGAUAACUUUCUGAUGGGAAUCGGCCGCCACUGUAACAAGUUGUUUUUGAUCGACUAUGGGCUUGCGAAGAAAUUCCGGGACACACGAACCAGGUGUCAUAUACCCUACAGGGAAGAUAAAAACCUGACGGGCACGGCGAGAUAUGCGUCGAUUAAUGCUCACCUCGGAAUUGAACAGAGCCGACGUGAUGACAUGGAAUCUCUCGGUUACGUUUUGAUGUAUUUCAACCGGGGAAUGUUGCCAUGGCAAGGUUUGAAGGCUGCAACCAAGAAGCAGAAGUAUGAAAAGAUCAGCGAGAAGAAAAUGUCUACCCCAGUGGAGACUUUGUGGAACGAAGUAAGACGCGACGUCGAUAACGGGAGCGCAGAGGAAUUCGUGCCACCAUCGAAAUCCUUGCUACUUCCAGAUCUUUCGCAGGCCGAGUUCAACUUGGAUCGUACCCGUUUCCAUUGACCACAUCUGUCUCACCUAACCUUCAGAAGAAAAUAAACAGAGAUUAAGCCUAUAACAAAUUUGGGGAACGAGCGAUUUACUCCUUGGAUUCGGGAGUUCUUAUCUGUUUUUUCAUGAUCAUGGAUGUGUUUCGUUCCUUUGCGCGGUCCUUGUUUUCUGUCUCACAAGGGAUUUGCGCAAUGGAGUGCCGAAUGAAGAUGUGGACAUGUUUAGGUACUAUUGUAAAGUGUAAACAUUCGAUUGAUUGAUGCGAGUCAGAGAACGCGAGAAUAUUGUUGACGUCCCCACGAGCCGAAAUUCCUAAAGAUGUGGCGUUUUACCACAGCUUCGCUUCCAUCAGCGUAGAGGCAUGAUCAUGCGAUCCGCGUUUUCUUUAUUCGUUCAAUCUUUUUUGUGUCAAGCGUACUGGAAUGAAAAGUGGAGCCUUUUCUUCGCUUGACGAGUUGUGGAAUCGUAUUCUUACGAGAGUUCACCGUUCGGCAGUAAUGCAAUUCUUGAUUUGUCCUUGCAGGGGUUAAAUUGUUGUCAAUUGCGUGCAUUUGUGUUCCGUAUCCGCGUUGUAAUGGAGAGUGUUUAAAAGUGACUUUAAAUGCUGUUCUCGUGCUGAAAUUGAUUUUCGUGCUGAGUGACAGUGCGUUUUAAAAAACAGUGGAUCUGUUAGGCGUGCUCGUUGUCGUAUCAGGAAACUAGGAAAUUUCUGAAUUGUGCCUAACUCGAACGUUCGGUUCACCUAAUUAUAUUCGUUCGCACGGUUUUUCAGAUAGUAACUUCGAUCUAGAUGCUGCUACAAUUCCUGCGUUUUUAUAAUUUUCAUAUUUUAGUUCGACAUUUGCAUCGCGUUGAUGCGUGAUAUUCCGAAUAAAUAAAACGUUUCUGAAAGCUGAAGUAACAUA